CAAUGACUCAUCGUUCUCCAAAGAAAAAAAGUGUUCACCGUAGCCAUUUUGAUUACCACCAGCUGUCCAAUGUUUUGCUUUUUUUUUUGUUUUUCGUUACCGAUAAAGAAGCUAAUCACGAAACCGUACGCGCAGCGCCAUCACACGACAAUCUAGAUUUACCUGUUCCAACCUAUAAAAUUAUAAAGGUGUGGCGAUGAAUACGAGGGGGAAUCGUUGGCUUAUGUUGACGAUUAAAGUGAAAGAGAGUGGGAGAACGCGAGAGUACAAACGAUUGAGUGUUCCAGUUAAAGUAGUGACUCUGCCGCAUGCGGCAAAUAAAAAUGGACACUCUGAAGGUGUUGAUUCUAAAAGGGCGCGUCACUUUCCUUUGUGUUUCACUUUUAACAGUUGUAAACUGUCAAGAAGGUGUGUACACAGGAGGCCAAUAUAACCGUGAAGGAGUUUAUGUACCACCAGGAGCACCAGGUUAUCAUACAUAUAUCUACAAAGAUCGAAGGUAUGGCUAUCAACCUAGCUAUUUGGAUCCUAUUUAUAACAGGGGUCCAACUCGUGCUCCUGAAGAUCGAUAUCGUUUUGAGGAAGAGCCAUCGAGGUAUCCACAGUAUCCGGGAAUUCUUGGUGGUUGGAGGGAAGAUCUCCAGGGCAAACAACGUCCAGAUUCGAAAAAAUAUGAAAACACUAGGAAUGUUUUUGUUAGGACUAAUCAUGGACAGGUCCAAGGUUUCAGGGUUCAACUAUAUGAUAAUCCAGAAGCACAUCAUCGACCUUGGAAUCUACCGGUUGAGAAAGUUACAAAGCAGGUUGAUGUCUUCUUGGGGAUACCUUACGCUAUGCCGCCUGUCAAAGAUGGAAGAUUUAAACCACCUAGACCUAACAGGAGCUGGCAAUUAUUGCAAGCUGUUGACUGGGGUCCAGCAUGUCCUCAACCAAGUAGCUAUACAGGAGCGACCAAGGGGAUUCGUGAUGUUGAUGAAGACUGUCUUUAUUUGAACGUCUUUACUCCUACAGUUGAAUCAGGAAUCCCAAGACUUUACCCCGUGAUGUUCUACAUCCACGGUGGUGAUUUCACUCAUGGCGCGAGUAAUUUAUUCCUUGGUCACAUGCUAGCAGCUUUCUUUGAAGUGGUUGUCGUCUCGAUCAACUACCGUUUAGGAGCACUAGGCUUCCUCAGUACUGGUGAUGAAAACAGUCCUGGUAACUAUGGAAUGCUAGACCAAGCAAUGGCUCUUCAAUGGGUCUAUGACAACAUCAAAGUCUUCAACGGUGAUCCAGAAGCCAUCACCUUAUUCGGUCCAGGUGCGGGUGCUGCAAGUGCUGGGCUACUUAUGGUAGCACCUAGAACUCGCCACUUGGUCUCGAAAGUCAUCGGUCAGUCAGGAUCACCUCUAGCUGACUGGGCUUUCAUUGUCGACCGAUACCGGGUGCAAAACACAUCUAGAGUUUAUGCAGAACUGCUAGGAUGUCCGAUAGAAAGCAGUUGGAAACUUGUUCAGUGUCUGAAAGACGGUCGGAGUUUCCUAGAUCUUGGAAACUCUGAGAUCAAACCUCAUGUUGGGAUGUUUCCGUGGGCUCCAGUGCUUGAUAUCAACUUCACAGUGCCUAGAGACAACUGGUACGAAGACUGGAGAGCUUCUGAUUGGCAUUUUUUCACAGAAACUCCAGAGGAAAGCAUCAGGUCUAAUAAAUUCAAACCUGGUAUUGCCUAUAUGGCUGGUGUAACUACCCAGGAAGCUGCGUCUAUUGUGUUCCAGAAUGAUACCUUAAGAAGACGACAGUAUAGAAUAGAUCCCGAGACUUUUGAUAAACAGAUCUGGGAUUUUGUGAUGAGAUACAAUUAUACCAUCAAUUCAUAUGGAACCUAUGAAGCUAUCAAGUAUAUGUACACUUUCUGGCCAGAUCCAAAGAAUAUCACCUUAAUUCGUGAUCAGUAUAUCAACUUACUCUCAGACUUCCACUAUGUAGCACCUUUCGAUCAAGUGGCUAAGUUACUGGUGGAGAAAAAGGUACCAGUUUAUUUAUAUAUACUCAACACCACUGUAGAAGCUUUGAAUUUACCACACUGGCGACGAGUUCCUCAUAACAUUGAACACCUGUGGCUCAGUGGUGCUCCGUUUAUGGACACGGAAUUUUUCCCAGAGGAAUGGAAAGUUGAUAGAAAUAAGUGGACUGAUAGUGAUAGGAAUAUGAGCUAUUUCUUUAUGAAAGCUUAUUCCAAUUUCGCUAAAUAUGGAAAUCCUACACCAUCUCAGAUACUAGGAUUGCACUUUGAGGAAGCAAAACAAGGAUACCUGAAGUAUUUAAAUAUCAACACAACUUAUAAUAGCUCCAUUUUAUUUAAUUACCGUCAGACUGAGAGCGCAUUUUGGACUCAGUACUUACCAACAGUUAUUGGAAGAUUAGUUCCAACUUAUCCACCUGUGACUGAGUAUUGGUGGGAACCUAAACAACCGCUCCAGAUAGCUUUUUGGUCGAUGUCGGCCAUGUGUCUGCUUCUUAUCGUCCUAUGCGUUGUUUGCUGUAUGCUAUGGCGCAACGCCAAAAGACAAUCUGAUCACUACUAUAGCGGGGACAUCUUGAUGGUACGAGACGACGACCAUUCGGAGGGAAUCGAGAAUAUGACACGAGCAUCAAAAGAUAAUUUGUACGAAUAUCGUGACACUCCACCCAUGAAAACAAGAAUGCCACGUCAGAAUGAACAAAAAUUACAAGAAAGAUUGGCACAAAAUCGAAAAUUCAGCUCAACACCAUCACUAAGAAGUAACUCCAAUAUGUCGUUAAAAGACAUGAGAAGUGAAGGCUUCGUCACGAGUUCACCGAAUGGUCAACCCAAGCUAGGAAAAGCUUCUAGCCAAACAACAUUGACUAAAGUUAAAAAUAAAACUCACGUUGUUCAAGGUGUUCCUCAAACUGCCGUAUAAAAGACAACGAUUACUUUAGGUGUAUUAAUUACUAGGAUAAAGAGAUAGUGAUUGAUUGUGUAAUUAAAUCCUGAGGUAUUUCGACACUGAUCUCAUCAACGAAUUUCUUCACACGAGUAAUCAUCUUCGAUUUAAGAAAUUAUUCCAUUGACAUUACUUCUGAGCUAGAAGUAGUUUGAUUCCGUCCAUUUAAACAGCUAAUCAAGUGAUUAUCGGGUUAUUAAUUCAUUGAUUAGUUAAUUAAUUCUGUCACGAAAAGGUAAUGGACUUUUAAAUAUGGAGUUAAGUUUAUUAAAUAAAAUUCCUCCAAAGUGGAUUAUUAAUUAAUUAAUCAAUAACUAUGUUCAGCAGAAUUUUAUGUUAUGGUCGCUGAAUGUAAUAAAAAAAUCGUUAUAUUUUGUUUAACUUCUUGUAAAGAAGUUACUUUUUUUUCUUUAUUCAUUGAAGAGAAUUUA